AGAGUGAGUGACCAUUUGUUGAGACCGUGAGUGAAAGCGGUCACACGCCUACAUAGAAAAACAAAUCAUUCAUUAAUACUUUACAAUCAGACGUUAGAUGAUUUAUUCUACCGUGGAUUAUUCAGACAGCGACCCCUUCCGCAGGACUCAGUGUUUUUGAGCGAAAGGAUGAAGUAGUUUCUGUGGCACCCUGAGCUGACCGCCAACUACUACAGUAUGCGGCUUACUGGGAAUAUGACUAUUUAUGAUUUUAAUCUAUCCUACAAUGACAUUCACUCAUAGUUUGAUACAGAAAUGGUAUCGCUGACCAUUUGUUCUGUAUCUGGAUCUUUUUUAAACCACCUGAAUUGUCAUACUUGAGCACGACUGUGUGGUUUUGGCACAUUAAUAUGCAAGCUGGAGACGCAACAUGUCUUUGUGCAUGAAUGCUGGAUAAUCAUAACUGAUCUGGGGAACAACAAGGGGAAACUCCCCGUCGGAAGACUUCUGAACAAUGACCGGACCAAACGCCACCAGCGGCGGCUCGACUGCCAAGAUCAGCAGACACGGUCGGUCCAAAAGCACCAGUACCUACUGUCACACUACGGGACCCGCUGCGGAAUCCUCCUCGUCCACUGCCGCAAACAACACCGGUCGGUCGUCCGGUGAGGAAGACGAGAAAGACGGCGGGGUCCCGUUUUUCGUGAACAGGACGGGCUUUCCCAUAGAUAAUGUCACCUGGGAGAGAAUGUGGUCGCACGUCACCAAAGUUCAUCCUGAUGGACAUGAGAUGGUGGAUAGAAUACGAAAUGCAACACACCUCCCAAAACACCCUGUGCCAUUGGUUCCAAACUUUAAGCCAUCAAUGUCAGUGCCUGAUUGGCUCCAUGCCGUCCAGAACUACAUGAGAAACCUGCAAUACAACCACACAGGAACUCAGUUUUUUGAGAUUAAGAAAACCAGACCUCUGAGUGGGUUGAUGGAGACUGCCAGAGAGAUGAUACGAGAAUCACUUCCCAUCAAAUGCCUUGAAGCAGUUAUCCUUGGAAUCUACCUAACGAACGGUCUGACCUCUGUGGAGCGGUUCCCCAUCAGCUUUAAGACCCAGUUCUCCGGACACCACUUCCAUCACGUGGUGCUGGGCGUUUACUGUAACGGCCGCUACGGCACCCUGGGUAUGAGUCGGCGUGCUGACCUUAUGGACAGAUCUUUGAGCUUUCGUACGCUCAGCGAGUUGGUGUUCGACUUUGAGGACUCAUACCGCCGCUACCAGCACACCAUGAAGAAGAUCAAGAUCGGCCUGUACGUGCCCCAUAAUCCGCACGUUUUCCAGCCUAUUGAGUGGAACUAUCUGGUGAUCAACGCCUGCAAGCAGGGCCAUGAAGACAUGCGCAAAGAGCUGGAGAAACACGGCCGUGACAUGAGGAUGAAGAUCCUCAAGUCGUCCAGCGCUCAGUCUCCAAUCAAAGAACGAAGCCGAGGCAAGUCUUUAUCACCGCGCCGCCGAUCAGCCAGCAGUCCCCAAAGACGCCAACAUGUCCACAGAAGAGACAAAUCGCCAGCAGCACUGGACCGAAAGCCAGCAGAGCUCAGCACUCUCAGUGACGGCUACCAGAUCCGCAUCUGAGACACUACAGCUUUAUCCUUCACACGUCCUCCCUCCACCCAACAUGUUCUUAAACACCAUUUAAUGCACAUUGUCAACUGUACAGUAUAUUAAACAUAUUUAUAGUUGUA